AUGUGCUCCAAUACAACGUCAUUUCUAGCUUCAGAUGAAUUUUAUAAAAUCACACUUCAUUGUCUGUCAGUGUUUAAAAUUCCUCUUCACACCCUUGGAGCGUAUAUCGUUAUAGCGAAAACGCCGGCUAAAAUGUCUUCUGUUAAAACCAGUAUGCUGAUUCUCCAUGUUUUAAGUUCCUUUCUUGACAUUUAUUUAAGCUUUUUAUGUAUUCCUGUAUUCACCCUACCAGUUAGCGCUGGAUAUCCGUUAGGUAUUUCUGUAUGGCUUGGCAUUCCCACACCUUUACAAGUUUACCUAGGUUGUACAAUGGUUAGUGCUGUUUGUGUAUCAAUCCUUGGGUGUUUUGAAGAGAGAAAUUAUAUUCUCAAGAACGGAAAUUCCCAGACAAUCAGAUGGAAACGAAUUAUAUAUUUAGCUUCUCUUUACACAGUUUCCUGCCUUUACAUGCUUCCAACUUAUUUGUUUAUGCCUGAUCAGGUGAACGGAAAAUUUGGAAUACUGCAGAAAGUCGCAUGUAUUCCAGAAGAUGUUUUAAAUCGUCCAGGGUUUUUUGUCCUGGCUGUAGAUGGUACUGUAUGUGUGCUCUCAAUCUGUUUGGAUACAGUUUUUCUGUUCGCUCAACUUAUGUAUUUUGUCAUUUCAACUACAUACCGUCUUUCCCAAACUAGUUCAAAAUCAAAUGCAACGUAUAAACUUCAAAAACAAUUUAUGGUUUCUCUUGGACUUCAUACUCUGAUUCCAACUUUUAUGAUUGCGCUUCCAGUAAUAUAUUUAGCUGUGGCAAUAUCCCAGAAUAUUUACAAUCAAGCGGCUACAAAUAUAGCCCUUGCUGCUAUCUCAAUGCAUGGUGUACUAUCCACAGUAACAAUGCUUCUUGUUCAUAAACCAUAUCGGGUGGAAACAUUGGCAGUGUUCCGAAUGAAAAGAUAUCUUAACACCCGCAUCAAUACAUCCUGA